AUGGCAGCCAACCUGGCCACGAGCUGGUAUCAAUGGAAGGUGUAUGCAGAAGAAACCAACCUCACCGAGCCGUACGUGUUCCAUAUGGUGAACGCUCGAGGCACCACGUACGAGCAAACGCAAGGAGGGUUCUGGAGCACGAGCUUCUAUAUACUUCGGAACGAGACCUCAAGUUCUUCAAGUUCCUCCAGCCCUUCGACAAGCGCCUCCAUCUCUUCGACAAUUGCAUCUUCAAGCAGUCUCUCAUCUUCUCCAACUACUCAAUUACUACCAACAACCUCACUAUCCAGAAGCUCCACUGCCGCUAUCGAGAGCACGAGCAUCUCGCCAAUGCCAACAGAUGCUGCGCCGAUCGAUCUCGAGACUGAUCAUGGUGGGCUUAGCACUGGAGCCAUCGCGGGUGUGGCUGUUGCUGGUGUCGUCGUCACGAUCUUACUUGCGCUUGUCGGCUUUUGCUAUGGCAAACGAAGAGUUCGGCGUCCACAACCGGUUGUACCAGAGCCUAGGAUAGACACUGUGGAGGUUGCACCAGCAUAUUGGGAAUAUCAUCCUCCGCCCCAGGAAAUGCAUGGUGCUCCUGAUGCAGUUCAAGAGCAGAAAGCUGUCUAUGAAUUGCCCCCGGGCAGAAACUAG